GUUCGAGGGCACUUGGGUUCAAAUUCGCAUCUUACCUUCGACUGACGACCUUGCCGCCUUAUUCUUUCCUUUUGAACCUGCCCAAUUUGCUUCUUCUGCGCGGUGGUGUUGCGAUUGCUCAUCCGAUAAAGUGACAGGCUCCUUAUCAGUAGCUUAUCACCAAUCGUGACUGGCCAUUUACUCAGUCCGGAUCAAGGCCUCGUCUUAUUAUCUUGUGGCCGUCUUCCGCAUUCUCUGCCCGUACAGCAGCGUCUACAACUUUCUGCCUUGAACCGCCACUAUCUGGAGGGGUAACCCGCACUUUGCGGCACGAUACGACACAAUGAAGGACGCAUCCAAUGGAAUGGGCCCAGCGCCAUUGAUGACCGCCUGGAAUGUUGAGUCGCAAAUACACUUGAUCGUUGGAACCAAUCCUUUGGCUGCCGCUCGAUGCGCCAAAAGUCUUGAAGCUGGCGCAAACCCCAUCAUUAUUGCGCCGGAGACGGCCGAGGUGCAUUUCACUCUGGCCGAUCAGAUUUCUAAUGGCUCGGCCCAAUGGGUGCGUCGCGAAUUUCAAGAUGAUGACUUGACUACCUUGGGACGAGAAGAGGUAGAUCGUGUGGUGGACACAGUCUUUGUCACCCUGGGUGGCAGUGACCCAUCGAGCGCGCAUAUCUCGAAGCUCUGCCGGCGCUUGCGAAUCCCCGUCAACGUAUCUGAUGCACCCGAGCUGUGUUCGUUCACGCUACUUUCUACCUACUCCGAUGGUCCUCUGCAUAUUGGAAUUACAACCUCCGGCCGUGGCUGCAAGCUUGCAUCUCGUCUACGAAGAGAGAUUGCUGCCUUCCUCCCAGCCGACCUCGGGUCAGCUAUCGACCGACUUGGUAGUGUGCGCCGAAGGCUCUGGGAAGAAGAUAAUGACGCCGGGCUCGGCGAAUCAAAUAUGGAUGGCGAUGACGAUGACGCUUCGGGCCAGAAACACACAUUCAACACUCUGAUCACGGAGAACGAUAUCUCUGCGGCCAAGACCAGGCGUAUGCGCUGGUUGUCACAAAUAUGCGAAUACUGGCCUCUUCGGAAGCUUGUUUCGAUCACCGACGAGGAGAUUGAUUCUAUACUCAAAGCAUACUCGUCUACCAAGGACACCGAGCCAGAGACUAAUGGAGUCAAUGGAGCCAAUGGAGUAUCAAAGAAGGGGAAGAUUGUGCUGGCUGGCUCUGGACCUGGACAUCCGGACAUGCUUACUCGCGCAACCUACAAGGCCAUCCAGUCUGCCGAUAUCAUUUUGGCUGAUAAGCUUGUUCCCGCGCCAGUACUAGAACUCAUUCCUCGCAGGACGGAAGUUCACAUUGCGCGCAAGUUUCCCGGCAAUGCCGACCAAGCACAAGAAGAGUUCCUGCAGAUGGGUCUUGCAUCCCUGCGAAAGGGACAGCAAGUUCUCCGUCUGAAACAAGGAGACCCAUACCUCUAUGGUCGUGGUGCCGAGGAAUUCGAGUUCUUCCGGGCUGAAGGUUAUACUCCAGUUGUGCUUCCUGGUAUUACCAGCGCUAUGAGUGCAUCUCUGUUCGCCGAUAUUCCGGCCACCCACCGCGGCGUGUCCGACCAGGUGCUGGUCUGCACUGGCACUGGCCGGAAGGGUGCUGCUCCAGAGCCUCCAGCAUACGUGCCCACUCAGACGGUUGUGUUUUUGAUGGCUCUUCACCGACUCUCUGCACUGAUUGGGUCUCUUACCACACACUCGGCUGAAGACUCAACCCGCUCACGCACCCUCUGGCCAAAGGAGACGCCAUGUGCUAUUGUCGAGCGUGCUUCGUGCCCAGAUCAGCGUGUUGUUCGGUCAACUCUGGAGCAUAUUUGUCGAGCAUUUGAAGAGGCGGGCUCUCGGCCACCGGGUUUGCUCGUCGUCGGCGCCAGCUGCCAUGUGCUGCACAGGCCCGCGGAGGACCAGAAGUGGGUGAUCGAGGAGGGGUUCCACGGCUUGGACGGAUUGCAGAGCGAGCUAGAUGUUGCAAUGUCCCUGGCUGAAGAGAAACAGGAAACAGAUACCCAAAUGAGCAUUUUGAAAGCUAGAACAUGAUGACAAUGAUUGUGAUAUUGAUAUACAGCCUAUUGGAAGCAUUAAGAUUUUCAAUUAGCUUUAGUGUAAAUUCAUGUUGCCCCAAG